CCAGAACAGAACCAUCACUCCAUCACCAUCAACGAAACAAAACAAAACAAACUCAUCAGAACAAAGCCAAUCAGAACAAAAACUAAAGAAACCACAAUCAGACAUCAAACCUAAGACCAAAGACUCAAGAUCGAAAGAAUGUCAUCCAUCGAAACCAAUCCGAACCCAAACCCAAGCGGAGGAAAUGCCGAUGAAGAUGAUUUAAAACCAUCUCAAACAGCUGGAUAUAACCCAGGCGUAGCUAAAACCUUAGACGAAUAUGCUCAGUUAGAUGCCGAAGAUGAAUCAUUAAGAAAAUGGAAAGAAUCACUUGGAAUCGUAGCCGGUGCUGCUUCGAGUGCGAAACCUAGUUUAAAAAUUCAUUCCUUAUCACUUCAUUCUCCUACACUUAAACAACCGAUCAUCAUGGAUUUAACUAACCCUGAAAACUUGAUUAAAUUUAAAAAAGAUCCAAUCACCAUCAAAGAAGGUAUCGAAUAUUCAGUUGAGAUUUCAUUUAAAGUAGAAGGUGGUGUAGUUAGUGGAAUCAAAUAUUUACAAGUCGUCAAACGAGCUGGUGUUAAGUUAGAUAAGCUUGAGUCUAUGAUCGGUUCGUAUGGUCCUUCUAAUGAUUUACAUGUGAAACGAUUUGUCAGUGAAGAAUCACCUAGUGGAAUGUUAGCUAGAUCUGGUAGUUAUUUAGCUAGAUCUCGAGUCAUUGAUGAUGAUGGUACAGUUUGGGCUGAUUUCGAAUGGUCAUUCAAGAUCGGUAAAGAGUGGUAAACACUACAAACUCUAGUCUUUUGGUUUCCUUUCUUUUCCUUCCUCAUGCUCCUGUUUCCAUCAAAUUACAAUCUUAACUCUUUUUCUACUUUUUCUACUUUUUUCUUUUUCUUUUUCGAGUUGAUUGAAAGGGGUUUUUUUCCAAAAUGAUGGUCAAGUCCAAACUCGUUCAUCGUUUUUUAAACCCUUUCUUUUAAUGUGGCUGUGUGUGUGGUGUGUUGGUUUUUUGAGUUGCUUUAGAUAAGAUUUUUAUUUUCAAAAAAGGGAUUUUGGGAGGAUUACAUUGACAAAGAAGAUGAAGAUGAAAUGAUCAAGUAGUUUGGAUUUCUUAAUCCAAAGCUUCUGAUCUGAAUGAUUUCAAUUCAUUCCUUUUUUGUUCUUGAUCUUUUUUUUGCUUUGCUUUGGUUCAGAAAUGUUUAGUUGAUGGGUAGUUUUUUUUUGGUUUGAAUUUCAAUUUUGAUGAAUUGUUUUUUUUCUUUUUUCUUUUUGAGUUUGGUGUUAAACUUGUUUUUGGUUUGGAAUUCUCAAUGAUUGAAAGAAAUCGAUUGAUGAAUUGUUUAGCUUUUUUUUGAUUUG